UUUUAUAAUAGAUAAAUGACAUGGCCACGAAAAAAAUGUCUUUGUCUCAAAACAAACAGUCAUCACUUAUGAAUUUUGUAAAAAAAUCCAGUCGGGAAUCUUCUCGGAAUAGUAGUCCGACUCCAAGUGGUGACAAUGAGCAGGUCUCAGAAAAGAAAUCCAAAUUUGUAUGGAAGUCCAAGUCCACUCCCACCUCUAAUUCUUGGACACCACCAUUCAAACAGAAUCCUGUUGGUAUUUCAUCAAAUCAAGCCCCUCCUAGACAGAACCACAUAUUGCCGGUAACACCAAUAGUUAACACCCCUCCUUCAGCUUUCAACCAGCCUCUGAAAUCAAAUGUCCCAUGUGACAACAGCAAUGACAUGUUUGCUAUGGAUGUGGAUGACUCAAUGGACUUUCUUGAAACAAAUACAACAAAAAAUAAAAGCCAAUCACCAAAAGAAACCAACAGAUCUAUCAGAAUUAGUUCCAGCCCUUCGCCCUCUAAACACGAACACAUAUCUGAAACUAGGGACAAGUCUGUAGAAAACAAGAAAGUUUGCCGAACCCCAGACAAAACGAGUCCUAAGAAGGAUAGAGAUCCUCUGAAGAAUCUUAAACUGGAUAGUUCAAUAUCAGGUUUCUUGCAGAAGAUUUCUCAUCAUACGGCUUUGAAGAAAGCUAGUGAGGACCGUAGCCUCCAAACAAAAGACCGCGAAGACUGCAGAAACAUGUACAUAGAACUGUUAGAAAAAAUAGCGGACGCAUUUGACAGAAUACCAAACUGCAUUAAAGAAAAAUUCCCUGGCUAUGAGAACAAAACUUACGCCAAAAUGAAACAGUUGAAAUCAAAACUAAAGGCAGCUAUGGCGAAGGCACCUGACGAUUCAACGCAGUCCUACUUAGAUAGUCAACCGGGUACUAGUAAAUGUAAUAUACAAUUAAAUGGUCGUGUAAGCCCAUCAUUACUUGGUGAUUAUGAUGACCUAAACGAUUUCCAAAUGCCGGGAAACAAACACCUAAACGGGGAAAGACCUGUACUGACAUCUGAUACUUCAACUCCAGAAUUUACAUUUAAUAAAGCACCAAAUAAAACAAUAUAUUCUGACUUAAUGGCUAAGAAAUCUCUAUCUUUUGAAGCGUUUUCGCCUACAACAGGAAAUGAAAGCGUCCAAUCAGAUGUAGAGAGUUUAGAUACGUCUGAAACAAAUAAAAGUAAAGGGAAAUUUGUAUUUAAGAAGCCUUCUAGACUUAGUGAAGAUAAUACUACACCGUCAAAAAGUUUAGAAAGAUUUAAGUACGCAUCUGAAAAACUCAAGCCAGUGGUAGCUGAAGAAACUCCAAAAUACGUGCCUGUAGCUAACAGCUCAGUUGGCUUCCAACCCCCUGAGUAUAGUAAGAAUUUGUCAAGCUUUAGUAAACCUUGCACGGCCGUUUCGCCUAUUAUAAAAGAGCCGGUCCAAGACUAUGAUGAAAACGAUUAUGAAAUACCCUUAGACAUGGAUGAUGACACGGAUAUUAUUCCGGAAAGUUCUAAAGUCAGUGUGAUCAAUAUAAGUGACUCUGAGCCAAGUAUAAGUAAUACUCAGGUUGUGAAUGGUAAGGAGGUAGCGGUGGAUAACGACGGUUGGCCGGAGUACAGGCUGGAGGACUUUGAGGACGAGAUGGAUAUAGCGCUGACGACGGAACCGGAAGUUGUCAAGCUGAUGGAGAACUCUACGCUGGAGACGAAGACGCCUAAGUAUAAAGGCAUGGGGAAUUUCCAUGAGGGGACGCAAAACGAUGGAAUUACGGGCGAGUUCGACGGCAUGGACUACCCCCACUCGUCGCUCAUGAUGGAAAUGUUCAGCGAGAAGUUCGGUCUGCGCUCCUUCCGACCGAACCAGCUGCAAGUGAUCAACGCCACUUUGCUGGGCCACGACUGUUUUGUGCUCAUGCCUACUGGCGGAGGUAAAUCGCUGUGCUACCAACUGCCUGCUAUUUUGACGCCGGGCGUCACCAUCGUCAUAUCGCCGCUGAAAUCGCUUAUUUUGGACCAAGUCAACAAGCUGCUUUCUCUAGAUAUCCCAGCGGCUCACCUCUCCGGCGAUGUCUCCUUAGCCCAAGUGGACGAGAUAUACCACAAGCUGUCUCUCCGGGAGCCACUCGUCAAGCUCCUCUACGUGACCCCGGAGAAGAUCAGCAGCUCGCCCAAGUUCCAGAGCAUGCUGGACGCGCUCUACUCGCGGGGCAAGCUGGCCAGAUUCGUGAUUGACGAAGCGCACUGCGUGUCCCAGUGGGGCCACGACUUCCGGCCGGACUACAAGCGGCUGUUCAUGCUUCGAGAGCGGUUCCCGACUACCAACAUAAUGGCGUUGACUGCGACAGCCACGCCGAGGGUGCGCAUGGACAUUCUGCACCAGCUAAAGGUGUCUAAAUGCAAGUGGUUCCUGUGCUCGUUCAACCGGCCGAACCUGGCGUACCGCAUCCUCGAGAAGAAGCCCAAGAACGUGAACCAGGACAUCGCCAACAUCAUCAAGGAGAAGUUCUUCCGUGACUCGGGCAUAGUCUAUUGCCUGUCGCGCAAAGAGUGCGAGACUCUAUCCGGAGACCUUCGUAAAGUGGGCAUUCAGGCUGCGCCUUACCACGCCGGUCUGCCAGAUAAAAAGAGAGAACAGGUGCAAGCGGGAUGGGUAGCUGACAAGUUUAAAGUGAUAUGUGCAACAAUCGCGUUCGGAAUGGGCGUGGACAAGGCGGACGUGCGCUACGUGAUCCACCACAGUAUGCCGAAAUCAGUAGAGGGAUAUUACCAAGAAGCUGGUCGCGCGGGUCGCGACGGAGAACUUGCAACGUGCCUACUGUACUAUUCGUACUGUGACGUGGCGCGGUAUCGCAGACUGCUAGACAUGGAACGCAACACUACACCGGAGGCGAAGCGCGUCCACAUCGAGAAUCUACUGCGAAUGGUGGAAGUCUGCGAGAGCGUCACUGAGUGCCGACGCGGGCAGGUGCUGGGAUACUUGGGGGAGCGCUUCAGCCGCGCCGAGUGCGCCGCGUACAAAGCGGCCGCCUGCGACAACUGCCUCCAGGCUGCUGAUUAUAAGCCGGUGGACGUGACAGAAGAGUGCAAGCUGAUCGUUCGUUGCAUCCGUGACGCAACCUCGAGUCGCGCCUCGUUCACCUUACUGCACAUCGCGGAUGCACUUCGCGGGUCCAUGCAGCAGAGGAUACAGUCCUUGCACAAGAGCCCUAUGCACGGACGAUGCAAGUCAUGGCAGCGCGGCGACCCGCUCCGGCUGCUGCGGCAGAUGGUGGUGCGCUCACUGCUGGCCGAGAAACUGGUGGUCAACAACGACAUCGCCAGCGCCUACGUCGUGCUCGGACCUGCUGUUGACAAAUUAAUGUCCGGUAACGUUCGUGUGGUGUUCCCCAUGAAAGUGGAGAAGAAACCCAAACUGACGGUGACCACCGCCACGCCCGCCGCCAAGGCCGACACGCCCAUCAACGCACUAAUAAAGAGGAUCGAGGAGAGAUGCUACGCGGACCUGGUCGAGGCCUGCCGGGAAAUGGCGGAAGCCCGGGGCACAUCUCUGAUCGCAGUAAUGCCGCUGGCCGGCUUAAAGGCCAUGUCUACCCGGCUGCCCGAGUCGCCGGACGACAUGCUGUCUCUACCCCACGUCACCCGCGCCAACUACGACAAGUAUGGCGCGGAGUUACUCAAGAUUACAUCCGCUUACGCCGUCGAGAAGAUGGGCCUUCUCAUGCAGUAUCAAGACGAGCUGGAACAAGAGAAGCCCGCCGAGGAUGACUUCGCCGACGGAACAGACUCGGAAACAGACUGGGGCACCUUGGCCAAAGGUGCCGGCCACGAUGCCAGCGGAUCCAGCACCAGGAGUAGAGGACGCGGGAGGAGUUUCACUAGGGGUGUAAAGAAAAGGUUUAAGAAGAAACGAACAGCGUCCGCAGCGAAGACCAAAGCCGCGCGGGGCGCGUACGCGGCGCGCGGCCGGGGCGCCGCGACCGCCGCCGCCGCCAAGCCCGCGCCGGCUUGGAAAUCCUCAGCGGGGAACAAGCUGGGCAGCAUGCCGGUGCCGCGCGCCAACACCGUGCUCAACACGAGACCCGGCGUCUUCAACCCCUCCAAGCUCAACCUGCUUUAG